UUUUUAAGCUAUUAUGCAAGAGCACAACAACAUGACUUGCUCAACUACACGUUCUGUCUUUUUUCUCUGCUUUGUUGGUGGAAUCAAAGCUUGGCUUAUAAAUCAACCUGCAGCCCUUCAAACAGUCGAACUUGGAGAUUCUGUCACAAUAGAGUGCUACUUACCCAAGAAAGACUUCAACAGCAUGGUGUGGUACAAGCAGGAGCUCGGCAUGAUUCCUGAACCCGUGGCAAAAGAUUACAACUACUUACAAGAUGUCACGUAUUUGAAUGGAUUUAAAGAUGGACGUUUUACUGUGUCAACAGGCAAAGGAAUUUUUCACUUAACCAUUUCAGCAAUAAAAAAUGAAGAUUCAGCUACUUAUUUCUGCGGCAUAAUCGCUCUGAAUGAGCUGCGAUUCGGAUCGGGAACACUUUUGAUUAUAAAAGGUCUCCAGUUCAGCAAUCAAACGGUUCUACAGAAUCCUGUUGCGAAUCUAUUCUACCCAGGAGAUAAUGUCAUUCUGAACUGCACUUUCGAGAUCGUGGAACCUAGCUGUCCAGAGCCUCACAGCGUGUACUGGUUUAAAGAUGGUUCAGUAAAAACUCAUUCAGCAAUCACUAACAUGCAUGAAAACGGUGAUGGCCAGUGUGAGAAGACCUCCAAGACUGAUUCUCCUGCACAGAGCUGUGUCUACAAACUCCCCAAGAGAAACCUCAGCCUCUCUGAUGCUGGAACUUACUACUGUGCUGUGCUCAUGUGUGGAGAGAUCAUCUUUGGGAACGGAACUAAACUGAGUAUUGCAGACGGCAACAGUCCAGCCACUGUCAGUCUCACCUAUCUUAUCCUGGUCUCCUCAAACAUAAUCUCAGUGUUGGUGAUGAUCAUAAUCAUUGUUAUUCGUCUUAAAAACCAAGUGCUUUCAGCAGGAUCUUCUAACUGUCAAGCGUCCCUGGAUACUCAUGAUGCUUGUGAAGAAGCUUUGAACUAUGCUGCUUUGAGUUUUAACAGUAAACCACCGUCCUCCAGAGGCACUAGAAGACAACAGAAGCUUCAAGACGCUGGAGUUUACUCGCAGGUCAAAUAUGAGCAUCAAAGCUGAAAUAUCUAAAGCUUCAAGAGUUUACUCCCAUUUUUCUACUAACUUCUUCCCCUCAAAUCUAGUGCAUUUCAAAUAAUGCAGUAGUUAACUGCUUAAACAGAUCAUUCUACCACUGUAGAAUGGAAUUUUAUUAAUUAUUGUAAAAAUAAUCAUUAGCAAAAUUAUAUUUAUGCACAUUUGAACAUGUUUUUCUAAUGUAUGUGAGAGAAACUGGACAACUUCUCUAUCUCAGAUUUGAGAUGAAAAGCCUUCUAAGCUCUAACCACUCCUGUAUGACUCCUUUAACCAUGGUGAGCCAGAAUCCAACUGUAAAUAAGCUUUAUUUAAAUAAAGCUUUAUUUUAGUUUGGGAUCGGAACUAGAAUAUUACAACUUCAAAACUAACAUUCCAAGGCCAGAUUCCAACAGCUGUCUUUUCUUAUAUUAUGAAUUUGUUUGACAAUUAUUGAAAAUAUCUGAAAUUAUUGAUUCCUAUGCAAAUUACACAAUAAAGGCUGUAGAGGUAAGCUAGCUAUUUUUUUGGCCACAUGGAAAAAGAUGUCCAGCCACCCUUGAGGUUGUUCAGUUAAGUGGUAUCUACACCAGUAGUAAGAAGUAUUAGGUAAUUUGCAUUGUCCCAGGCAUAGAUAGUGGGUAGAUCCAACAUUGAGAGCUUGGUUUAAUAAAGGGUUAAUUAAUUAAUUAUGUUUUGUAAUCCAAAAAAUAUAUUUUGCACGAACAUACAUGUGCUGUAUAAAGUUAUUUACAUGUAUUUGAUUUGAUCUCAAACAAAUAAAAUAAAACAAAAG